UCUUCCACGCCGCAAGGCUAGCUUAUGCACGAUCAUGAUGCCGGUGGGCGGCGAGCGAGAAGCUCUCCUCGUGGCAGCGCCGCCAGGUCCAGUGCGAGCGUGAUGAUGGUGGCGGCGGCGGACAGUGGUCUUCCCGCGGCCGCCGCGCAGGCGAUGGUGGCGAGGGAUCAGCAGCGCGAGGAGCCCGUGGGAGCCCAAGAUCCAGCUCUGCGCGCGGCGCCCGCGGAAGCUGUGGGUAGGAGGAGGAAGGCGGCUCGGCCGGAGGCCCGCACCGAGUUCUUCCGCGGCGUGUCCCGGAGACCCAGCGGCAGGUACGGGGCGCUGAUGAAUGACCCCAAGGACAAGGUUCAGGUGUGGCUCGGCACCUUCGACACCGCCGAGGAGGCCGCCAGAGCGUACGACGCCGCGGCCGUCAAGCUGCUCGGCGCGGCGGCUGUUACCAACUUCGAGCAACCGCAUGUGACUGCCGCUGAUGAUGACGGCGUCGCGCAGGCGCAGCACCUCCCAUGCGAGUGCGAGGGCAAGGGCGCCACGGCAGAGCCGUCCUCACCGGUGAAGAGGAAGAAGAUGAUGAUGAAGAAGAAGGCGGUCAGGCAUCUCCGCGGCGUGCUGCAGAUGGCAAGCGGCAGGUACGGGGCGCAGAUCAGGCACUCCAAGACCUUGCGGUGGCUCGGCACCUUUGACGCCGCCGAGGACGCCGCCAGAGCGUACGACGCCGCGGCCGUCGAGCUGCACGGCGCGAGGGCUGUCACCAACUUCAAGGCAGGCGGCGGCGUCUCCGAGUCGUCCGGCCAAGCGGCGGGGAGCGUGAAGAUGAAGAAGGUGAAGAAGCCGGCGGCCGGGAGCGUGAAGAUGAAGAAGACAAAGAAGUCGGCGGCGGCUAGGGUGGACGCGGCGACCGAGCUCCAAGGCACGCACGGGCAACUGGGCGGCGAGUGCAGUGCGCAGACAUGGUACUCCAAGGACUUUGACCUCCUCGACGACUUCCCGGAGCUGCCGCCGCUCGAUUUCCCGUACAGCCUGAUCCCAGGCCCGCUGCUCGACGAUCUUCGGACCAACUUGCCGCCGGCGCAGCGGCAGCUGGUGGACCAGUUCAUCAAGGACAUAGACUUCACGGACGUGGUGAAUUAA